AUUCGUCUUAGACCUUAGUUGCUUUUUUGCGGUUACCACUUGGACAAUUAAAAUUAGUAAUAUUCUGGUUACCACUUUAGAAUUAUCUGAAACACCGAAAUGGGAUUUAUAGGUGGAAUUAUCAAAAGAAUAAUUAAACUAAUAGUAUAUUCGGCUCUCGUAGUAGUUUUUAUUGUUUUGAUACCUAAUCUGCCGCCGUAUACAAAGUUUACGCAUAUCGAGCUUGAACCGACUCAACCUAGGGUAGGAGCGUUGGCUCCUAAUGAUGUCCUAAAUAAUGCAACAGCUUUAUAUAAACAUAAAUUGUUGGGACCAGAAACAUUUCAAGUAUGGAAUGGUGAGAUAUAUACAGGGCUUGCAACCGGGGAAAUAGUAAAGUUGUCACCAGGAGGUCAUGUCACAUUUGUGACUAAGAUUGGACAGCCCUGUAGUGGACUAACUCAAGAGCACAUUUGCGGACGUCCACUCGGAUUCGUAAUCGAUGAGAAGAACAAACUUAUGUAUGUUGCUGAUGCAUAUCAUGGGAUUUGGAAAGUAAAUUUAUUAACAGACAUGAAACAGCUGCUGGUGUCACCACAUGUUGCAAUUGAUGGAAGAGUUCCAAUGAUCUUCAAUUCAGUUGCUUUCGAUAAGAAUGGGGAUCUUUAUUGGACGGAUUCUAGUAGCGACUUUCAAUUGAGAGAUGGAGUGAUGGCAGCUUUCGCGGAUCCAACUGGAAGGUUAUUCCACUACAACACUGCCAAGAAUAUCAGUAAGGUGUUGCUUGAUGAUCUAUGGUUUGCAAAUGGACUGCUCAUAUCACCAGACAACCAGUAUGUUUUAGUUGCUGAAUCAUCUCGGUACAGAAUCAUCAAAUAUUAUAUAAAUGGACCUAAAAAAGGCAACUCAGAAGUUUUUGUGUCUGGAUUACCAGGAAUUCCCGAUGUCAUCCGCCCCCUACCCGACGGGUCCGGCGUGCUGGUAUCUCUAUAUAGUGUAUUCGAUGAUGAAAACCCCCUACUCAUCAAGACUAUGGCCUCCGCACCUCUGGCUAGGAAAUUCUUAGCGCGACUCAUUCGUCUCAUCGAAAUUCCAUUUGAAUUCCUUCAUAGCCAUUUUGGUAGUCACAUUUUUGAAAGCAUUGUCUAUCAGAUUGGCAAUUUUGCAAGUGUAGCCAGUCUUUCUCCAGGGCAAACAGGACUAGUUCAAUUAGACUGGAAUGGCAAUAUUGUAGCGUCGUACUACAACACAGAUGGAAGUCUACUCCACAUAAGUGAUGCGAUUGUCUUUAAUAAAAAGUUAUAUACUGCCUGUCCACAUUUGCAAAAUUUUAUCGGUGCUGUACCAGCUCCACCACAGUUAGUAAAAGCUUUUACUGUUAAUAAAGCAUCUCCGAAGGAAGAACCGAAAGUAGAAUCUAAAUCAGCGGAACUAAAUAAACCUAAAGUAGACCAAAAUAAAGAAAUACCCCAGAAUACUAAGCCUAGCACGCAAACUACUACACCAAAACCAAAUGUUCCUAAAGAAAAGGUGGUGACACAAAACACUGUCCCCAAAGAAGAUAAACCCAAGAAUAAACAAGCAGAUACUAAACAGAAAGAAGAAGUUAUCAAAGCUGCAGCAAAACGAACAGAUCAAGUUAAAAAUGACGUAAAAUCCAAAGCAGAUUCAAAGCAAGGUGAUCAAAAGCCCAAAGUAUUACCGAAGGAAGAAAAACCAAAAGUAGUAUCAAAAGGCACUGAAACUAAACCAAAUGUUGCAUCGCAAGCUGUACCAAACGCCAAAGCCGCACAAAAGGAUGCAAAUCCAAAUCUCAAAGCGACACCACAAGCAAAAUCAAUAAAUAAAAAUCAAGAAUCACAAGGGAAACCAGUCAAGGAAACUGAAAGCAAAGUUAAAAUAGAUAAAUCCAACGAUGUAAAAACAGAAGCAAGCAAAAAAGAACCAGUAGUACAUUCAAAGACAGUUACAGACCAACCUGGCGCUAAAACGGCCCAAAAGGCACCAGAGUUAAAAUCUGAAUCACAAAAUGUAAAAACAAAACCAACUGUAUCCGACUCUAAGCAAAAAAAGAAUGAUGCUGAAGCAGCGAAAAAACCCACGAAACAAGAAUCAGGCAAAAAGGCAAUACCGGUCAAAGAAAAUAUCCCGUCCGACACUGCCAAACCCAAAAGGGAAACACUGAAAGUCAUAAAAAAGACUGGACCGGAAGAAAUCCCUACUCCUCAAAUAUAAGUGCAGGUUGUGUUUUAAAAUUAGUUUAAUAUUUUUUUUAUUGAGAAGUCUUAAGACAAUCUGUCAAUGUUAUUUUAUAAAAAUCAUUUUAUAAUUAUUUAUUUAUGAAUAAGGCAUAUUUUUAAAUAUCUUUAUGUUGUUACCAUUCCAAGCAUCUACAUUCCUUAUAAAGUAAGGUAUUUCUGUGAAGGUUUUUUCAGUAUUUUUGUAUAUCUCGAGGAUUUUAUAUAUUUUUUUCUUUUGAUAUUUUUUUAUUUGGGUUUUGUUUCAGCGCAUGAGCGUAGGACCACUUAUGUUAACAAUUAUUUAAAAAUCUAUUAUAACAAUCUCGUUUCCUUUAAUAAGUGCAAUAUAUUAUGACAAAUAUUAUUCAAAAAAAAUCUCAUCACAUAGAUUACAUAUA